AUGCGCCAAUCACAGGCAUGGUUCGCCGCAGAAGCACAGACCAGCCAACUUCGUAGAAGCAUCAUGCACUUGUCACGAUUCUCCGCAUCGUGCCUGCCGCCGCCUCACCACACCAACGCCUCACAACCCGCCCACCAUGGCCGCGAUACCUACCUCACUCUUCCGCUGGGUCGUUCCUGCUGCCAUCGGCGCCAGCGUGGUGCAGAGCUCCCUCUACGACGUCAAAGGCGGAACCCGCGCCGUCAUCUUCGACCGUCUGUCCGGAGUCAAGGAAAACGUCGUCAACGAGGGCACACAUUUCUUGGUCCCAUGGCUGCAACGGGCAAUUGUCUUCGAUGUCAGGACGAGGCCGAGGAAUAUCAGCACAACGACGGGAUCCAAAGAUUUGCAGAUGGUCACACUUACGCUGAGGGUGUUGCAUCGCCCGGAGGUCAAGCAGCUGCCUAAGAUCUACCAAAAUCUCGGUCUCGACUACGACGAGCGUGUUCUCCCCUCCAUCGGUAACGAAGUCCUGAAAGCCAUCGUUGCACAGUUCGAUGCCGCAGAACUCAUCACUCAGCGAGAGGCCGUCUCCAACCGCAUCCGGACCGAUCUGCUCAAGCGCGCCAACGAGUUCAACAUUGCCCUCGAAGACGUCUCCAUCACACAUAUGACUUUCGGCAAAGAGUUUACCAAGGCCGUCGAAGAGAAGCAGAUCGCACAACAAGAAGCCGAGCGCGCGCGCUUCAUUGUAGAGAAGGCAGAGCAAGAGAGGCAAGCAAACGUUAUCAGGGCCGAGGGUGAAGCCGAGGCUGCCGACACAAUCUCAAAGGCAGUGGCAAAGAGUGGUGACGGUCUAGUGUUGAUUAGGCGCAUUGAGACCCAGAAGGAUAUUGCGCAGAUGCUGGCGAGGAACCCCAACGUCAGCUAUCUGCCUGGUGGUAACUCUGGUGGCAACGGUGGCGGUUCAAGUGGUGGUAGCUUCUUGUUGGGCCUGAGGUCAUGAUCACCCGAGGGUCGAUGAGGCUGACAGAAGGGUGGAUAGGAAAGAGCUGGGCAAAAGGCAAAAAUGCAUAACCAGCGUGGUUGCUGUACAAUAUACUGACAU